GGCGCGCUGCCAAAACCGAGCAGCGCAAUUUGAGAUUGCCGAUGAUGGCCCAGUACCUUGGACGCGGUCGCCACUUGGUGCCAUUACCACGCCUCCUUGUGGGUUCAGCGCAGCAAAUUUGCCUGUCUGGCGCUGCGCUCCUGUCGACCAAGGCGCCGCCGCACGGGCGCUCACUUACGUCGCCGUGGCAAGGGUUCAAAGCGCUCAACUCUGGCAUAGAGUGGCUCUAUAGUUCGGCGGACACCCGAAAGAUGGCGCGCGCUGCAGCCAAGGGCGAUGUCGCGACCGUAAGUCGACUCUUGGCGGCCGGCGUGGAUCCCAACACGUCCAAAACCUGGUUUGGUGCAACAGCUCUGGCAAUGGCAGUGACCGAAGGCCAUGCCGACGUCGUCGAGCGACUCCUUGCGGCGAGCGCAGACGUCAACCAGCCGUGUCUUGAAACGAGCGACAUGACGCCACUGACACUAGCUUCUUUCAACGGCCACAUCGACAUCGUCCAUCACCUGCUGCGUGCGAACGCAGACGUGAACCAGCCUUCGCUACAGGGGUUCGAGACGCCGCUGUCCGCCGCCGCAAGUGCGGGGCACCUUGCGAUCGUCCAGCGACUGAUUGCUGCGGAGGCCGACGUCAACUUUGUCAAUGACCCCACGCCCUGCCUCGAUGGAGACGUCCGGCGAGGCAAGCUCAAACGCAUUAUCGCGGCCAUUUCGGUCUUCAGCAGCAUGCGCAUCGGCGGCGUCAACCUGAGCAAGCGCUGGUCCGCGAGUGCAGACGCAUCAUUCCGCCUGCCUUUUUGCGGGUUCGUCGCAACGUGGGCCGCCAAGGUGACAGCUGUGAACAUCUACAACGACAUUGACGAGCCCGAGCACCGCGACGAGCUGAGCCGCGUGCUAUCUCGUUGCACGAACCUCAAGGAUGUGUGUAUUCCGGGCCAUCUGGACUUGCUCGAGGCUGUGACGUCACCAGCGCACUGCGUCUCGGAUCUCCGCCUCCCUUGGUACGCAUGGCGCGGUACUACGCUGUCGACCAUUGCGCCGUUGCAGCGCUGGCUUGCCUCUGGCCAUGCGCGCCACUUGUCACUGGAUGCGUCAUCGCCGACGCUCUCGAGCUUACGCCUCAAUGCAUCGAACAGCGUUGUCAAAAGCCUUGUCGCUCACGGUGCGACGCUGGCAUCGCUCACGAAGCUCGAUGCCUCCAUACGAUCGGGCGAAUUGAUGUCGGGUCUACUCUCGCUGCUCCCGUUGCCGACGAUGAAGACGCUCUCGGUUGACACGCUUGGAAGAGAGCACAGCCUCCUCGAAAUGCUUCCACAUAUGCCGUCGCUCGAGAGCUUGAGCCUCCGCAACUUGGAACUUUGCAGCACGAACAUGAAUUGGCCGUCCUUCGCCGCGCCGUCGACGCUCCGCACGCUCACACUGGCCAAUCUUAGAGUGUCGGAGACGAGUCUGGACGCGCUCUUCCAGUGGGCCACGAGCUCCACGCACCUCGAGUCAGUCACGUUCAACGUCUGCGCGUCGAUUGGCUCGCGGAAGCCGAGCGUCAUCAAGACGGUCCAGCGAUGCAUCGGCGCCGGUGUUGGAUGCAUGCGCUUUGAAGACUGUGCGAUGGGCACUCACCAAGUCUCGGAUUUGGUCAAGGCGCUGCGUGGGGCACAGGCGCGUGUCGCUUUCGAGCUCGAUCUCUCAGACAACUCAUUUCUUAUGGCGGGGGUCCAAGCCCUGCUCAGGGCACUCGCAACGUGCACAAACGUUUCGAUCAAGCUCCCACCUGCGCUGCAACCGGCUCUCCAAGGUACGGAACCACGGUACCUCGCCAAAGCUAAAGCCGCAGGCGUCACCAUCGACGUGCGCGACGGGGACGUUUACAUUCGCAGCCGAACGACGGCGAAGGCCUAG